AUGGCAAAUCAUCAGAGGCCCCCCGGUCCAGACAAUUUAUUCCCGCCACAGGAUGUUUGCAACGAGCUUGUCGACCUCUACUUUGACAUUAUACAUGACAAGGAUCACAUGUUAUUCCACCGCCCUACUUUCGUCAGCGCUCAUCGGAAAGGGAUGGUAGAUAUGACGCAUAUUGCGGCUAUGAUGGCCCUCGCAGCCAGGUUUUCCUCGAAUCCAUGGUUUCAAGACUCGAAUCGGUGGACUAGAGGCUCGGUUUGGGCAAACUAUAGCAAACAUCUGUUUGACAACAGGAAAGACAAGGUGUCGUUGGCUGCCAUACAAAGCUGUGUCUUGCUCAGCACUAUUGCCUUUUGCGACGUCGAUAUGGAAAUGGAAUCACUGUAUGGUGCCCAAGCGAUCCGCAUGGUCCAGCUUAAAGCCCUUCCAGAUCAGCGCGGGGAAAGCCUCGUUCAGCGGGAAACGGAGAUCCGAGUAUGGUGGACGGUGUGGAUGCUGGAUCGUUGGGCUAGUGCAGAGGCGCGGAUACCAAAGCAGCUAGUGGCCGACUCUAGAUUCCCAGUACCUAUGACAGAACAACUCUUUGAACAGAUGAGUGCCGACUGGUGCGACCUCAACCAAACGUCGCCUCUAGAAAGACUCCAGUUGGAGCAUCGAGGCUUCUGGGCUCAUUUGAUUCCGGUGACGGAGCUGAUCGAGCCCAUCAAUGAACUUCAUGAAAUGACAGUGCAAGGUCGCCUUACGGACCUCGAAUUAUAUGACCACGUCGAGAGUAUAGCAUCUAAGCUUACCUCAUGGAGACUUCACCUUCCAGAAUCCCUGGAAUUUACGCCUGAAAACCUCCUGCGAUACGCCAAUACUGGCCACGGUCGAAUUCUGGCGGCGCUCCACUCCGGUUUCCACCACCAAAGUCAAUUGCUAUACUAUCAAUUUCUACAACCUAGUAUAGCCACCAACGCCGAAAGCAGUACCAGGGUACUCGAGUACGCGUCCCGCUGUCGACAGCAUGCCACAGACAUCACCAACCUCUUUUGGCUGGCUAGGCAGACGCCACGGUGUAAAGCCAUGUGGCCCAUGGUUGGCCAUCUUCUUGCCGUCUCAUCCUCUGUUCAUCUACACUCCCUUCUAUUCAGUGAGGAUGCAGGUAGAGUUUCCAGCGUGAAGCAUAUGCUGAAACAAAAUUUCGAAAUGAUGAUGGAACUUCGUCAGUACUGGCCUAGCAUCGACCUAUCUAUGUCGCGGUUACGAAGUUUUCACCAAGCAUGCCAGCGAAGCAUGAACACGUCCUUCAUUAUGGACCACUGGAUGUUACAAUUUCUUCAACAAUACACAAAACCUGUCCAAGGAAGAGACAUCUUUCAUCUCUAUUCAGGGAGCUCUGAGCCAAUACAAACUUCGCCUGCUUGGAUGUCGUCCGUAGGUGUCGAGCAGGGUUACAUUGUCGAUGAUUCCAUUGCACAUUCCCAGGUCGGUCUCGAAGUAGGCACCACGAUACUGCAGACCUUUCUCUGA